AUGCGUCGUGCACUCACAGAGUUCUUAGAGAGUUCACUGCAUCGGAACUGCGCGCUAACUAGUGCACUUACGAGGAUCAGCACAUCAAAGGUCUUUCUCUUACGCGCUCGCGUGGAACACAAAGCACUGCAAAAGGCGCGGCGCGGUCGACGAUAA